AUGCGCACUUCCCGCUUCGUGCGCUUUAUCCGCGUUCGCAGCCUCCCCACGUUCUGGUCUGGCGCCGCUGGCAUGUGCGGGCUGGUGAGCGCGCGCAGCCCGCACGGUGCCUACGGCAUGCCGACCUCCUCCUCCGGCCCCGGCGGCUCCUGGCCCCAGGCCUGGGGUUCGGCCCCGGCUCUGCAGAGCGCCUCGGGCGUCGGAGCUCCCCGGCCUUCGGCGCCGGGCUUUGAGGGCGAGUUCCUCCAGGUGUUUCUCGAAGUCUCUUUGCUCCGCGGACUGGCGGCUUUGCAACGAAUGCUCCGCCGCGCAGCGCCUCGGGGAGGAGGGCGGGCCGCGCGGGUCCGGGCUGAGCUGGCGCGGUGGGGCCCCGGGGGCGCGCGGCUCCGCGCCGCCGCUCCGGCCGCCUGGCCGGGGCGCCAGAGCCAGGAGGGGGCCGGGCUGCCCUCGCACCACGGGCGCCCGGCCGGCCUGCUGCCCCAUCUCUCCGGGCUGGAGGCCGGCGCCAUGAGCGCCCGCAGGGAUGCCUACCGACGCUCCGACCUGCUGCUGCCGCACGCGCACGCCCUGGACGCCGCGGGCCUGGCCGAGAACUUGGGGCUCCACGACAUGGCGCACCAGAUGGAGGAGGUGCAGAAUGUCGAGGACCAGCACCUUCUCCUGCAUGACCAGACUGUUAUUCGCAAAGGUCCUAUUUCAAUGACCAAGAAUCCGCUGAGUGUCCCUUGUCAGAAGGAGCUGGUCGGGGCUGUGAUGAACCCCAGCGAGGUCUUCUGCUCGGUUCCUGGAAGAUUGUCCCUCCUCAGCUCCACUUCUAAAUACAAAGUGACAGUUGCUGAGGUUCAGAGACGAUUGUCCCCGCCCGAGUGCUUAAAUGCCUCGUUACUGGGAGGUGUUCUCAGAAGAGCCAAAUCUAAAAAUGGAGGCCGGUCCUUGCGGGAGAAGUUGGACAAGAUUGGGCUGAAUCUUCCGGCCGGGAGACGGAAAGCUGCCCACGUCACCCUCCUGACGUCCUUAGUGGAAGGUGAGGCUGUUCAUUUGGCUCGGGACUUUGCCUAUGUCUGUGAAGCCGAAUUUCCUAGUAAGCCUGUGGCUGAAUAUCUAACCAGACCUCAUCUCGGAGGGCGGAAUGAGAUGGCUGCUAGGAAGAACAUGCUGCUGGCGGCACAGCAGGUGUGUAAAGAAUUCACAGACCUUCUCAAUCAAGACCGAACGCCCAACGGGAACAACCGGCCCGCUCCGGUGCUGGAGUCGAACAUACAGAACUGUCUGUCUCAUUUCAGCCUGAUCACCCACGGGUUUGGCAGCCAGGCCAUCUGUGCUGCCGUGUCUGCUGUACAGAACUACAUCAAAGAAGCCCUGAUAGUCAUAGACAAAUCCUAUCUGAACCCUGGAGACCAGAGUCCAGCCGAUUCUAGCAAAACCCUGGAGAAAAUGGAGAAGCACAGGAAAUAAGACGGGGAGUGAGCCACGGGGCCCAAGAGUCUGGAAAGAGAAAGGACUCCAGAGUCGUUCUUGACCCCGGACGGACUGGGAAACCAACCCCUCUUGCCUGGGGGACAGUGUGUUGCUCACUUUCCCAUUAAAAAGGCCUCCGUUGAUUUCCAGA